ACUUAACCAAUCGUUACUUGUGGCUGUUCACAUCAUCCAAACUCUAUUUUGCCCCGUCACGCAUGCAACACAAGCUUCAGCGCACGCGGAUCAAACGUUCGUGCUUCAAGCCUUCAGAUCUGUAUCCCAUUACGUCCACCACACCACCGAAGUUUUGUGUCCAUCCCCAAAGACACCAUGUAUGCAGAUCGCGAAGAGGGGCUGGAUGCCGCGCCUGCUCAAUCCGCACCAAGAGCGCCUAAUGUUCGUGGUCGAGGCAGGGUGCUGAGCACGCGAGACUACACGAGCAGUGAGGUGAGCCGCUCUCCGAGCCCCAAUCGUGCGGCUCGUUCGCCCACGCGUAGCAUGUCGCCCGAAUUAGCGGGCAGCCAUCGACGGGACAGCAGCCACGCUCUCAGUGGCGCACACAGCAGCUCGGCAAGGCGAAGCCGUGGUGGAGAUACUGACCGACGUCGGGGUCACUCCCGCAGCGCCUCUCCAGGCGCUCGACGCUCGCGUAACCCGGCACAUCGCAAUGGCCGUCAUCGUAAUGAUGAGGACCGCUCUCGCAGUCCGGCAUCGCGUUCUCCCUCCCGUACCCCAUCGUCUAGGUCCUCCUCCACGGCUCCACGUGCGCGCGCCGUGUCCAAUGCUGAGAGAGAAGCAGAGCUAGCAGAAAAAUUGCGAAGACGAGCAGCAGGUUCCAAAAAUGGACCUCGCGACUCUCGUGGUCGGUCUGUCACUCGCUCUCCCUCUCCACGAAGGUCACGCUCUCGCAGUCCAACGCAUUCUCGACGUGGUGACUAUGAAGAGCGAGAUGGCGCACAUCGCAGGCGAAAGCGUGACCGCGAAGAUUACGAAGGUGGGCGAGCUAGCUUAGAGCGUCGCUUAGAGCCCCGUCUCGACGAUCGUCGUAGCGAACGUGGAAGCAGUCGCAUUUCCGACAGGUACGAGCGCGACCGCUACUAUGAUCGUGGACCUGCUAGAACCCCCCAUGAGCGCUCACGAGGCGGCUACGAUAGGGAUCCUUAUGCUCGAGACAGAUACCCGUCACGCGGUGUAUACGAUCGCGAACCGUAUGGGCGCGACAGGUACGGCCCUCGUGGUGGUGGAGGAUACGAUCGCGACUCAUACGCAUCACGUCGACGUGAAGAUGGUCCUUACCACAGUCCCCGCCAUGGCUCUCGUGGACCGCUUCCUCCAGAAGAGAAAGUGCGCACACCCGAGCCCGAGGAUUACGAAUUACGCUCUGUCUUUUGCUCCCAGCUUGCGGCUCGUCUUGGACAGCGUGAUCUGGGCGAAUUUUUUGAGGAGGCUCUAGGGGACAACAGUGUGCGAGACGUGCGCAUUGUCACAGAUCGUAUCACUGGGCGCAGUAAAGGCAUCGGCUAUGUUGAAUUAAAGGAAGAGAGUCUGGUCGAGAAAGCGAUGGCUUUGUCAGGUACCAAACUUUUCGGUAUACCAAUACUUGUGCAACAAACAGAGGCGGCGCGCAAUCGGGGCGAAGGUGCCUCCACCGCUCAGGCACCUAUUCGGCCGAACCUUCCGCCGCAUCUUGGUGGUACCGCGACAAGUGGGUCGCCCCCAGCCAUCACUGAAUCUUUGAUCGCCGGUAUCCCUCUGCCUCCGCAUUUCUCUGCUGGCGCACCGAUACACCUCGGUCAAAAUUUGGCGAGCGUUGCUGCCCGCGCUAAGUCGCACGCCAACCAAGCAUCUCGGCUUUACGUCGGUAGUUUGCAUUUCGAAAUUACAGACACUGACCUCAAGAGCGUCUUUGAUCCUUUUGGCACGAUCGAAAGCGUGGAUCUUCACCGCGAGCCGACUGGAAAGAGCAAAGGAUUUGCUUUCAUCCAAUUUACAAAUGUCGAGGACGCUGAGCGAGCUAUACAGCAUAUGGACAACUUUGAGCUUGCCGGUCGAAACAUUCGGGUGGGACACGUCAAUGCUCGAGGUCAGGAGGGCAGAACUAUGCACCAGCAACAAGCAGCAGUCGCUGCUGCUGCACAGCAAGGCAUCGAUAUCUCUGGGCAGACGGCGACCACGACGUCGUCAUUCGACGAGGGAGGCGGCGGAGGCCUGACUUCUGCCAGCCGUGCCGCUCUGAUGGAAAAGCUCGCCCGCACGGAGCAGCCCGCACUAACGGUCCCGACCGAACAAACCAGACCCGCUAAUAUGCCGGUCGCGUUGAGUCGUGCCAUCCUGCUGAAAAAUAUGUUCAAUCCUGAAGAGGAGACCGAGCGGGACUGGGACAAGGAAUUGGCUGAAGAAGUCAAGGGCGAGUGCGAGGAAAAGUACGGUGUAGUCGAAGCUUGCUACGUAGACAAAGAGAGUGCUGGAGAGAUUUGGGUCCGUUUUGCAGGAGUCGAAGGUGCUGGAAAAGCCAUCAACGCUCUUAACGGUCGCUUCUUCGCCGGGCGAAAAGUCGUGGCGCAGUAUGUCUCGGAAGGGAUCAUGCAAGCAACGAUGCAAGGAUAGCGUCCCGGCGAUUUCGGAUGCACUACUCAGAUGCAAAAGCCAUGUUUCGCAGUAGCUCGUAUGCCAGGGCACAGAUGUCUCCUUUGAGGUCGAAA